AUGGGUAGAGGCGAAUUAUAUCCAUUCUACCCGGACACAACCCGUGAGGUGUUCAGAGGGUUUGCAGCUAUUGAUUCUACUGAGGAGAUCCUCCCUGCUCACAAAGAUGUGUGUCGCCAUUUCCAAUAUCACAACAUGUUGACCAAUAUCUUGACUUUACACAAGCGUAUUCAUACGGGAGAGAAGCCAUAUCAUUGUGAGAUCUGUGGUAAAUCAUUCUCUCGUAAUAGUUAUUUGGUUACACACAAUCGCAUUCAUACUGGUGAGAAACCUUAUCAUUGUGAGAUCUGUGGUAAAUCAUUCUCUCGUAAUAGUUAUUUGGUUACUCAUAAUCGCAUUCAUACAGGAGAGAGGCCAUAUCACUGUGAUAUCUGUGGUAAAUCAUUCUCUCAUAAUAGUGAUUUGUAAUUUAACUAGACACAGGCGUAUUCACACGGGAGAGAAACCAUUUCACUGUAAUAUCUGUGGUAAAUCAUUCUCUAACGGAAGUGCCUUAAUUGUACACAGACGUGUUCAUACAGGGGAGACACCGUAUCACUGUAAUAUCUGUGGUAAAUCAUUUCCUAUACAAGUUAGCUUAACUAAACACAGACG